AUGGUAGAUUUAUCUAAUUUUCCAUAUCCAGCCUAUGAACCAAACAAAAUAGUGGCUGGUUUUUUUGCUACUAUUAUUGGUAUUUUAUUAAUUUUAUGGAUUAUACAAUCAAUUCAAUCACAAUUUAGACCACGUCGAGUUAUUAUUCUUCUUCUCAUUUCUCGUCUAACUCUUUUUAUUGAACUUAUACUUCGUGCUACUCUUUCGCUUGAUACUCGUAACACCAGAGCUGCAUUUACAACUACAACAGUUCUACUUACUGUUAGUCAACGUAUGAUUAUUUUAGCUAAUUAUGAUUUUCUUACUCAAACUGGUACCUUGGACUCUCGUGUUUCUCGAACUAUCAUCAUGGGAUCAGGUUUAGCUACAAUUACUUCAACAAUUAUCAUGAUUCCAGCUGGUAUAUUAUCUAGAAAUAUGAAUACAAUUGAGACAAGUUUUCAAUUACGAGAAGCAUCAGCUGCAAUUGUUCUUAUUAUGGCUAUUCUCUUCUAUCCUAUUUGGUAUCUAACUAAAACAACGAAACUUAUGACAAAACAAGCUAUUCUUGUUCUAUUUAUCUCCAGUAUUACUAGUUUGAUUGUUACUAUUUAUCUGAUGGUUAUAUCCUGUCCAUAUUAUUAUGUUGCUGCACAUCGACAAGAAUUUUGGUUUUAUAUAUUUCACUUCACACCUAUUGCCAUUGCAUUACUUGUAUGGACAAUCUUACCUCCAAAACGAACUUUGAUAUUAACUAAUCAACCACAAGAGGAUAUUAAAAUAGAUAUUAACGAUAAUCUAUAA